AUGGACUACAGAUAUCAGAAGCAUUCGUGCAGUGGGACCUUCGGGGACGGCAGUUUUAUGCCUGCGGGGGCUAGAAAGAGAUCUAACCCCCGACUGUUAACGGUGGCCAAAUGGCUUGCGAUUUGUGCGUGUGGUGCGUAUUUUGUCGCGAAUCGUAGUAUACUAGGUUCGAUUGCCCUUAGCACAAAUGUUACCGUUUCUCCUGAUCUAUGUCUCGAACCCGAAUGCAUUCAUGCUGCCUCCGAAAUCCUUUACAACCUUGAUCCCCAUUAUGAAGAUAUCGACCCUUGUGUUGACUUUGAUCAAUAUGCCUGCGGUGGCUGGAGAGACCGUCAUGAUAUGAGACCCGACCAAGGCUCCAUUUUUACUGGAACUUUCAUGUCAGAAAACGCCCAGAUGCGAUUACGCCAUAUCCUUGAAGUACCCAAUGUGUCUGGAGAACAGGGGCUAUCAUCGGCUGAUAAACAUAACUUCAAGAAACUGAAGUCGGCCUACGAUGCCUGUAUCGAUGUCGAAGCUCUGAAGCAGCGGGGAUCACAGCCUUUGGAUGACCUCCUCGCUGAAAUAGCCACAAUCUACUAUUUACAUGACGAAGAUCCACAGAAGAAUCUAACGGAUGCCCUUUUAUAUCUAAUUCAGACCGAUGUAUCGGCCCUUGCCACUUUCUCUGUAUCUCCUGACGAUCGGGAUCCCGACAAUGUGGCUAUAUUUGUGACUCCGCCACGGGAAAUUGGACUUCCUUCGCGCGAGUUCUAUAACAAUACACAAGUUGUGGAAGACUACACUAAUGUUGUAUCGAACUUGUUGCUCCUUUUCAAACAUCGCUUUUCAUCGGACGGAGAGUCCCGUUUUUCCUUCAAGCUUGCCAAUAAGGUUAUUCUUUUUGAGAAGAAAUUGGCCGAUGCCACGCCAGACACCCAAGCACAAGAGGAUGUUACUCAGUAUUAUAACCCGCGGACGCUGGACGAAACGAAAUCACUUAUUCCGGAAAUAUCAUUUGAGCUGAUAGUUAAUUCGCUAGCUCCUAAGGAUUUCCAAGCAGAAAGAUUCAUCAUAGGCUCGCCAUGCUACCUGAAAAAGCUUUCGACGAUUAUUCAGGAUACGCCACGAGAAGAACAGUUUGUCUACGUGUUAGAUGGCACAAAAUGGAUGUCUGCCGAAGUCAGGCAGCUUGGCAAGCAAAAAGUGGCAAACCUCAUUCAGAAGAUAGGAAAUCCUUCAAAAAGUCCCAAUUUAAUGGAUGGCGAGGACGUCAAGAAAUACUAUAACGAGUUGAGUGUUUCGAGAGAUAGGUUCUUCGAAAAUUCGGUUGGAAUAGCUAAAUUCGAACUCAAACGGGAGUGGUCGCAGUUGGGAAAGCCCACGAACCGAGAUGAGUGGGAAAUGACUGCACCGACUGUUAACGCAUACUAUAACCCUCCAGGAAAUGAAAUUGUGUUCCCAGCUGGUAUCAUGCAGCCCCCGGCUUUCUACGGAUCGAAGGCGCCUCUUUAUCUUGCGUACGGAGCUUUUGGGGCUAUUAGCGGGCAUGAGCUAUCCCAUGCUUUUGACAGCACUGGAAGACAUUACGACCAAACUGGCAACUCCACCAAUUGGUGGGAUGACCGCACUGUCGCGGCCUUUGAAGAACGUGCACAAUGUUUCGUUGAUCAGUACUCGAACUUUACGGUUCCCGGACCUGAUCCGGAUGCAGAACCUCUGCAUGUCAAUGGAAGGUUAACAUUGGGCGAAAAUAUUGCCGAUGCCGGUGGCAUUGCGGCUUCUUUUCACGCCUGGAGGAAACGUGACGGCUCACAUGCGGACAAGGCACUGCCCGGUCUAGAAAACUUUACCAAGGAGCAGCUCUUCUUUAUUUCUUACUCCACUUGGUGGUGCAGUAAGACCACCAAAGAAGCUGCAGUUCAGGCCAUCUAUACUGACCCUCACGCUCCAAAACCCGCUCGAAUCUUGGGCACGAUGGCAAACUCAAGGGAGUUCCGGGAAGCCUUUCAAUGCCAGACAAAAGAGCCUGUGUGCGAAUUGUGGUGA